AAUGUACAGUCAAACCUAUGAAGAGGAAUCACCCAUUCCUCUAAUAACCAACUACACAGUUAUCAAGGAGACAGAACUAGAGGAUAAGAGGGAAACAGAAGACCGCGUCUUAUUAGAAAUAGGACGACCAGACGACAAGCCGAAGGAAGAACACACUUUUUCCCAUAAGAAAUACGACAAAACGAUAUCGCAUCAUAGAUCGUACGUGUUGGAAGAUUAUGCGGAACCAAGGCGGGUGAAUUACUUCAGGCCAUACGAAUUGGAGUCGUCUCAUAGUGGCACCAGAUACUACGAGCAUGAAGAGUAUAGAGACGUAGGGCUGCUAGAAGCCAGCAAAUCACCGAUUGAGUUCUCGCAGGAAUCGCUGGACAAUAGCAAAUACUCCGACGACCAACAAGACUCCACCUUGAAUUGGAAGGAACGGGCAUUGCAAAUGGAGAAAGAAUACAAAAAGACAGCGUGCGACAGAGAGCGAACGCGGAUGAGGGAUAUGAACCGAGCCUUUGACUUGCUGCGUUCCAAAUUACCCAUCACCAAACCCUCCAAGAAGAAGUACUCUAAGAUCGAGUGUUUACGGAUAGCAAUCUGCUACAUACGGCACUUGGAGUUCAUGCUUGCGGGUGGUUCCCCGGAAGAUAAUCCCAUCUUCUUCGACCCCCAAGCCACGGAUAUAACGGAGCUUAGACAACGCUAUUAA